CAUAGAUUAAGCAUGGAUAAUCAAACCACAGUGCCUUACUUUUUGCUCCUAGAAUUCUCAAAAAAUCGUCAUCUGCAGCUUUUACAUUUCUUCUUGUUCCUUGUGUUAUAUCUGGCAACCAUAACAGCAAAUCUUCUCAUCAUCUCUGCAAUAGCUUUAGAUAAUCGACUGCAUAGCCCUAUGUACUUCUUUCUAAUGAAUUUGGCUAUGCAGGACCUGGGCUCAGUUUCUGCCAUUGUCCCAAAAUCCAUGGUGAAUUCCCUCACGGACACCAGGCAUAUCUCUUACUUUGGUUGUGUUGCUCAAGUCUUCAUCUUUAUCACCUUUGCAGCUUCUGAUUUAUCCCUCUUGACAGUUAUGGCAUACGAUCGGUAUGUUGCCAUUUGCAAUCCACUGCAUUAUGAGACAGUGAUGAAUUGGAAAGCCUUCACUGAAAUAAUGAUUUUGGUUUGGGUUGCUGGUCUUGUCUAUGGAAUAUUGCAUACCACUGGCACUUUUUCCAUUGCUUUCUGUUCUAAUGUUGUCAAUCAGUUUUUCUGUGAAAUUCCACAGUUGCUAGAUUUAUCCUGCUCUGGCUUCAAUCUAGUUGAAGUCGGCGUUCUUGUGGCCAGUGUCAUUGCAGGACUAGGUUGUUUUAUUUUUAUUAUUGUUUCUUAUGCCAUGAUCUUCAAGGCAGUGCUAAGAAUCCCUUCUGAAAAAGGAAGGCAGAAAGCUUUAUCAACUUGUCUUCCCCACCUUUUAGUGGUGUCUAUGUUUUUAUUAACUGGAUGCUUUGCCUAUUUGAUACCUCCCUCUAACACACCAUCUUACUUGGAUUUUGGGUUGACUGUUCUGUAUUCACUUCUUCCACCCCUCUUUAAUCCAAUCAUUUAUAGCAUGAGAAAUAAGAAUAUCAGAUUUGUCAUUUCUAAACUGUGGAGAGUCAGAGAAUUUCUUUUAAGAUUGUUUCUAUUCUGUUCACCACCAUUUUGCAUGUUCCUGUCUUUCUCUUUCCUUCUCUGA